AUGGCCGACCUCCAGACAGUUUCCAUCCUUUUGCUCGGAGACGAUGGCGUCGGCAAGUCGACCUUCUUAUCCCGACUGAGCUUGCUCCGACGUGAGAGCGGCCUGGCUAGCGACAAGUCCGCGCCACCGCUUCUCCGGGAUGGCGACCAGCCGUUUGUGCUCGACCUGCGAACGUGCCUUGUCACCCUCCGCCUUGAGUUCUCCGACACGGCCAGCCCCGAGAACUGGCGCUGUCUGCGUCCCGACAUGAUCAUCAUGUGCUUUGACAUCAGCAGCCGGCCAAGCCUUGCGAGCCUUGCGAGCCUGUGGAUCAAGGAGAUUCGCACCGUCUUUGCGCACAGCGACUCGCUGCCCAUCCUGGUGCUGGGCCUCAAGCGCGACCUGAGGCGCGAGGACGACCCGGCCGGCGUGGUCUACCCACAGGAGGCCUACGCCAUCGCCCAGCAGAUGCGCGCAGACAUGUACCUCGAGUGUUCAGCCGCCACCGGCACCCUCAUGGCCGAGGUGCUGGAGGACGUCUGUCGCCGGGCCGCCGGCACGACCACGCCCGAGGGCGGCCAGAGCGAGGGCACCUGUCGGGUGAUGUAG